AUGUUUAUUCAGAAUAUUUUCCCAACCAUCGUCCUUGGGGCAUCCAUCGCCUCUGCACUCCUCCUCGACACUCCGAGUGGAAUAUUGGUUGCCGGAGGCCCGAUGGAAGUCGCCUGGGAAAGCACUGCGAGUGAUCCAACAGAGUUUACACUCUUCCUGCUCAACGCUGCUAAUUUACCCUUCGGACUCGAGGCGGAUUUCGGCGAAAUUGAAACGUCUGCUGGAAGCGUCACCGUGACCCUUCUGGACACGUUGACGACGAAAUCAUAUCAACUCAGAGCUGUCAACUCAAGCUCAGUUGAUUUUGUAUACGCUUCAAGCGCCGACUUUAUAAUUACAGCUGCUCAAGGAGAAGUCUGGAGAAGUAUUCCUGAGUAUUCCCUGUAG